GCUGAAAAACCGAAGGAAAAAAAACAAAAACUGUGGAUUAUUUUGUGGCAUUUUCAAGGCUUUAAGUCCGUGCUAAAGUCCGAUCACUUUCGCGAUCUUGGUUCCGCUACGCACCGAAUAUGUGGUGGAUGCUGUUUCCCCGCUGGAUCUGGUUUCUUUUGGGACACUGGUACACUUCACUGCUUUAUAUGGACAGCUGCGGCGUGGGCGCGAUGCCCAUGUCAGUGGCAAAAGUGGUUUAUUCUCACGCAGGUCUGUGUCCCAACGACCUGAACCCGAACCUGUGGGUGGAUGCCAUGAGCACCUGCAUGCGGGAGUGUGAAUCCGACCAGGACUGUGAGUCGUUUGAGAAGUGCUGCCCUAACGUGUGUGGCAAUAAGAGCUGCGUGGCUGCCCGCUACAUUGAUAUCAAGGGCAACGGGGGCCCAAUUGGAAUGCCAAAGGGUGCCACCUGCGACCAGUUCAUGUGCUCCCAGCAAGGCUCCGAGUGUGACAUCUGGGACGGCCAGCCUGUCUGUAAGUGCAGGGAUCGCUGUGAGAGGGAGCCGCACUUCACGUGUGCGUCCGACGGCAUGACGUAUUAUAACAAGUGCUACAUGGAUGCUGAGGCCUGCUCCAAGGGUGUCUCUAUCUCUGAGGUCACCUGCAGGUAUCACCUCAUCUGGCCAAACACCAGCCCAAUUCCUGCAGAAACCACUCUCCAUCCCACCACUGCCCUACAGACCACCCGUCCCGUUGACAUACAACUACCCGCAAUACACAGCAGACCCUCUCAACUAGCUGUGUUUGUUGGCGAGACGGCUAGUUUCCUGUGUGACGUGUCGGGGAAGCCUCCUCCAGAGAUCACCUGGGAAAAACAGCUGAAGGGCAAAGAGAACGCCAUAAUGAGACCGAACCACGUACGAGGGAACAUCGUGGUCACCAACAUCGGACAGCUGGUCAUAUACAACGCACAACUGCAGGACGCUGGCAUCUACACGUGCACGGCCAGAAAUGUCGGGGGGAGUGUGUCAUCGCACUUCCCCUUGGUAGUGAUCAGGAAAGAAAUGAAAGGUAAAAGUGCAGAGGGGAAUCGAACCAACAUGCCUUUUCCAGCUGAAGAGUGCCUCAAGGGUCCGGACUCGGACGACUGCGGUGAUGAGAGCAUGAGCUGGUACUACGAACCCAAGAGAAACAAUUGCUUUACCUUCACAUACAGUCAAUGCAAUAAAAACCGAAACCAUUUCGACACCUACGAAGCCUGCAUGCUCUCCUGUGGAGGAGAGCUCGCUGCUCCCUGUAGCCUACCAAGCCUCCAUGGACCUUGCAAGGCGUAUGAGCCUCGCUGGGCCUACAACAACAGCCUCAAAAAGUGCCAGUCCUUUGCCUAUGGGGGCUGCGGCGGCAACGAGAACAACUUUGAGACCAAGGAAGCCUGUGAGCAGAUGUGUCCUUUCCCCAAAAACCACAACUGCAAAGUGUGUAGGCCCAGAGGUAAGAUGGUGAACAGCUUCUGCAAGAGUGACUUUGUGAUCCUGGGGCGUGUGACGGAGCUGACGGAGGAGCAGGAGUCAGGCCACGCUUUGGUGACAGUGGAGGAAAUCUUGAAGGAUGAGAAAAUGGGCCUGAGAUUCUUUGGCAAAGAACCACUGGAGGUGACGCUUCUGAACAUGGACUGGAGGUGUCCGUGUCCCAACGUCACCACCACCAGCGGACAGCUCAUUAUCAUGGGAGAUGUUCACAACGGCAUGGCCGUGCUGCAGCCUGACAGCUUCGUAGGUGCCUCGAGCGCCCGCAGAGUCAGGAAGCUCCGUGAAAUUCUCCACAAGAAAUCCUGCGAUUUUCUGAAAGACUCAGUAGCCACUCAGUAGAGUCUUUAAAGUCUCAAAAUUACGGAAAUUUUAAUGCAAAAAGCAUUUGCAGAAAACUGGGUAAACUUUCAAAAAUGCAACACUACAAUCGGUAGAAUGUUUUUUCAUUAAAAAUGUUUGAAACGCAAGAGGACAAGGAAAAUACUACAAUACUACAUACAACUAUAGUGACAGGCGACGGUUAGGUUUUGGAUAUAAAACGAGCAUCAACCAAAGAUUUCUUAUAGAGGGAGAUUGCUCUAUUAAGUCAAGUUCUGACAUUAAGAUAGCCAAGGUGGAAACAGCUGCUGAAUGUGCAGGGGCUCUGUCAUGGUGUUGCUUUUGAAUGGGCUUAGGUGCUGCUUGAGGAAAUCACUACUUGGCCAUUGUCAUUUUUUUAAUGCAUUUCGCAGACACUUUUAUCAAAAACAACAUACAAGAGAAGGAUUAACAUUCAAGCACAUGGUUCCCUUUAGGAAUCGAACCCAGGACUCUAUGCUUUCAAAGCAAGCGUGCUGCACUAUGGAAAGCACAUUAACAGAGUAAGCAACUAGGUCAUAGAGACAUAACAUCGACUCUGGUGGGACUCGAACCCACAACCUUUGAAUCACUUCUUCUCUCUCAGCUAGAAGUCCAAUGCGCUAUCCAUUGCGCCACAGAGCCACACCUUCAAACUCCAAGCAUUCCAAAACAAAGAGAACAGACAGUGUCCAAACCUAAAUAUUAGUUCGACACACUGAAAGUCUUCUCCGUGUCCUUUUGCCUCCAAAAUAGUUUUGGUGCAUUAUUAACAUUAUCAACAGGGUUUCACUGUAUUUUACGACCAUGUACCAAAGUUCUUUGAGCCAGGUUUAUACUUCAUUUUCAGAGUACAACACACUACACUGACCUCCUCAGUCUGACUGAGUACAAACAGACUAUGUUCUCUAUUAUUUCUCUUUUUCAUCAUUUUACUGCUCUGAUUAACUUAUAGUAAAUCUUAUAAUCGCAUCAUAGUUGAAAUUCAUCAUUAAUGUUGUUUUUUCCAACGUGCGUUAAAACUUUUAUUUUAAAGUUUUUAGAAACAUGUUUAUACUAAACCACCUGUCUGAUGCAUUUAUCCUGUAUUUGUAAGUAUUUCAUUUCUUUAACAGUUUAUUAAACAACAUUAUACUGUAGUUUUUAUGUCCAGGUGUUAGCUAAAGUUAAAAUAGUGCCAUUGGUAUAACAGUACGAUGAGGUACUUUGUCUUGAGGUCAAAGUGCAAAAACGUCUCUGAGCCAAUGAGGUCGCAUCGAUGUAACGAGAAGCUUUGGGUUCAUCUUUGUGAGAAGUUUUAACUUAAAAACACACAGUUGAUGUUUUUUUUCUGUGCACAAUAUUUAUUUUAAAUGUGAUCCAUGUCUUAUAACAGCCAGUGGACUUUCAGUACAGGUAUAUAUAUCUAUAUUUCACAAAUGUGUAGAGUAUGUGUAACAUACAUGUUUUAUUUUAUCAUGGUAUAUACAUGUACAUGUAUAUAUAUAUAUAAAGUAUGUAAAGUGUCAUGAAGGCUGGUCAAAUGAAUAAACGUGAUUGGGAUGAUAUUACAAUGGCCCUCUUUGUGAUGUUAUUGUUCUUUGUUCCUCUGUUGGAGACAAAGUACCCAGCAUGCUCGCACCUCAUCAAAAGACCUGUGUAGGCAGAGCAUGUGACAUUCUGUAGCUGACAUCCCACCAUCCACAUCCCGCUCCCCACACUUGCAUUUUACACUCACAAACAUCCAGGGCCUUAUUCUGGCAUUAAAAAUCUGAAGCAGGUCACAUUCCAGCCCAGCUGUGGUGGCCUGUGGAGCUGUGUGUUGUGUCUGGGUCUGGGGCCCUCGCAUAGCACACACCCCACCGACCAUCAGUUGGCCUUGUGCGGCCCCUUUCAUGUGCAGGAGGCCGGGUGAAGGGGGAGAGGAGGAGAGGGGAGGGAUGUUGGCUGGUUCCUGCAUCUUUUCUUCUCUCACUCGGCCACAUCUGUGCUAAUAAAGCAGCUUAAUAUGAAACAGGAAAAAAUAUGGAAAAAAAAAAACUAAAUAAAAACACCAAACAUUGUCUUUGAAUCACAUUUAGAGUGAGACAGAGCUAUUUUACUGAAAUUGUCUGUAUAAUUUCACACCUAAGACUUAAUCACAAAGAUCUGAAAAUUAAUGAAGGUGUUUACAACAAACACCCUAACCCUGGGAUACCAUCAGGAAAAGAUUUGUCACAGGAACCAGCAGGAUGUACAGGAAACCAAAACGAAUGGUAUCAACCAGCCACAGAAUGUUUUCCCCCUUCCCCCUCUGCCCUUAUAUGCUCCUCUCUUUGUCAACUUUCUGCCCACACAGACUGAAAGACAGCCAGGCUUUGGCGGCGACCUCUGACCCUGCUAAUGAAAAAGAGGCCGCUAAGAAAAAGGCUACUUUCAUCACAACUGUUGACAAGUGUUAAGGGACUGGCUGAGCUCCAGACCAGCUCCACACGGCCUCCUUGAUGCUCCGCACGUCACAGCGGGCUGCUGAUUUCAAUCUCAAGUUCACAGGGAGACCAGCAGCUAGGCGGCCUGCCAGACAGACAAUAACAUUAAUCCAGACAGACACAGGUAAGACGGGAGAGUGCGGGGGGUGGCAGUGCCUUUCAUGACACAAUAUGCAAACCACAGUUCUUCGCAGCAGUUCCCUGGCAGGGUUUUGGAAGUGGUUGUUAAAUUCUUUAGUGAAACAGACAGUCCAGACUAUAAUUAACCAAAGUUGCAAAUUCGCAAACGUCGUCUGUAAUGGUCAAAUCGUCCACCAGGAUCAGUGAGUUUUGUACAGAAUAUGUGAUUAUAUUAGAGAUGUAUACAAGUACUCUCUUCAACAAAAACAUGGUUUCACCCACAUAGAUAUUAGCACUUGACCGUCCUGCCUGCAGUCCACAUCUGUCUCUCUUACAAACUUUAUGACUGGGGGAAUCAGCUGCAUGACCUCACUACACAGAUAACAACAAACAGGAAGUAAGUGGAACAUUCUACAAGGAUAUUUAAUGGAAUUUAACUUGGCCUGAGUUGAAACACUUUUGGUGAACUUCCUAAAUUUGUCCACUAGGAGGCAGAACAACAUUUAACAAUGUAUCACAUCUGUCGGAUAAAAACAGUCCACAACAACAAAAUGAACAAAUUCACAAAAUACAUUCGAUAAUUGUCGUUUAGUCAUGUCAUUAAGAUUACAGGACUGGCAUGUUUUCAACCGCACAACAGUACAGCAUGUCAAUAUUUGCUGACAGAGACUGUUAAUGAGACAGGAGACAUGAAUCAAAAGCAGACAAGGAGACCAGACAGGAUAUUAUCAGGUAAUUUUCCUCCCAGUUCAGGUCCAUUGUGAUGGCUAACUAGGACACUGUUACCUCACGUGUCUGUUUUGUAUUUACAUAAUUGUAUGCAUCUAGGACGUACAGUAAGUAGGAGAGUAAAUGAGUAGGCAAGUGAGAAAGUGUGAGAAAGUGAGAAAGGUCAUCAAAUUAUCAGUCAUCAUGUGAGGAUACAGGGUUGUUGUCAAACUAUAGUACUAUAGUACCACUGCUGUUACUUUGGCUCCCCUUAGUGGUAAGCCAGGAUAUGUGACUUUUACUUUUGCUCUUUGUGGGUGCGUGAUUUUAGAAUUUAAUCAAAAUACCAGUUUUUGAGACACUUCACUUUCACUGCUACUAUUUCAUAGUGUUAUUUAAUUGGUGGUUGCAUUAGUGGUACUUGCAGAGCCAAAUAUAUUUGAAGGUAAUACACGGUGUAAAAAGUUUGACGACGUGUGAAGACAUUAAAGGCUUAAUUGCGAAAUUAUGCCAAUUAUGAUCAUGAUUAAUUGUGAUUAAUCAUGGAAAGGAAAAGUCCAGAGAAAGUCUAUCACUAUCCAGCCACGUCAAAUGUAAAUGGAAGCACAGGGAGGGAGGAAGGAUGCAUGGGACAAAAUGUUCUAACUCCAAAAGCAGCAUGACUCAGAAAUAUUAUACCGACUAUGUGUUUGGGGAUGGGUUGGGAUGAAGGGAGGGCUAUGCCUCUUACAUCACAUGAUGUACACUGGUGCCAAUUCGACAAGAAUCUGCUCAAGAGUCGUUUACGCUACUCUGACACACUGGGUUUGAAGUACAACUACGACUUCCUUUUUUAAUACAUUUAGAGCUGUAUCUUAGACACUGACACAGCAGGCUAUCAACAACAGCUGAUGUAAUUACACACAGUGGGACUGUUCACCACUUGUUCCAUUGGUGGUUUAUACUUAGGUGGAUGAUAAUGACAAAGCAACAUCAACACUGUUGGUGCAGACGUGACUUGAAUGAUAAUUGAGAUCAAUAGGAGCAGGAGCAUGGCUACAGAAGCACAUCCCUUUAUUAACAUUUAAUGAAAGCACCAACAUCAUUAUUAAUUGAUGCUGUAAGAUCGUAAAAGUCAAAUCAACAGCAGAGUGUAGGUUAUUUUUGUUUGUGUAGAGAAGGCGCCAGGCUUUCACUCACUUUAUUUUAAAGGCAGACACUACACAUAGUGCUGUUUCCUUCACAGUCACCGUGACGUCACAGCUUCUGUAAAAACACCAUAGGUCGCUGUGCUGUUAUGAAGCUCCGCAAACACUAGAGGGAGUGCUGGACUAUUAGGAGUCAGCUUGAUGGUUUGUUGGCUCCGUUACGUGAUGUUCCUUUUUCUUUUUUUUUUUUUUCUUUUUUUAAGAAAUGCCUUCAAGACACAAAUCUCAAAGAUGAAUGUGCCAAACGUCUGGCUUUUAUCGAACACUAUGUUCUUUAUGUAACCUAUUUGACCAGAAAUGUCAUUACACUAACCCAACAUAAAAUAAACUUAAAUUUGUAGUUUGGUUAUUGACCUGAACAUUCAUUCAUCCAGCAAAAUAACAACAUUAAAAAAAAAAUCGUUCACCUGGAAACAGAACCUUUUGUAGAAGAUAAAACAAUUGAGACAAGUUUGAAGUUGGUGCAAAAAAAAGUUGGUGACAAUUUGAGCUACAGGAGGUAAAAACACUGCACAUGUCCCCCACUACCUGAAAUGGACUGAGACGUCUGGGCCUAUCAGAGUCGGAGAAUUUGAAAUAAGCUUCCGUCUAACUAUUUUUAGAUUGCAGUCAGGUUCUGUCCUCCACGGUUUAUGCCUCUGCACUGUGAGAGCGUAUGAAUAUUAAUCAAUGCUUUCAUCAUUUGUUAUGGAAAGGCUCCCUCUGUCUGUUUGAAUGGCAGGGGAGCCAUAAACCUAUUUUCCACCUCUGCAGUAUUACCAUACGAGUCAAAAGCAUUUCUUGUGCAAGUAGAGCAGAGGGCUUGUUUGAACAUAAAAGCCGCUCUGAGGAAUGGAAGCCGGUCUGCACGGGUGAAUAAUUCCUGCUUUCAGGUUUGUUUGGUGACGGGAUGAUUAGUAAUCAACAGGUAGAGUGCAGGGUAACUGAUGUAUCCCACAGACGGGCCUUUGUCAGACAGAGCUGCGUGGAUAAAUGUGCGUGUGUUUACAAAUGAGUGUUGGCAGAAGGAAAACACCUCCAAGCCUCAGACUACGACUACAAAUCCUCACACGACUCUCCUCACACCUAAAAUAAGGCUUGUAUGUCUGCAUGUUUACCUUUGAACAGACACGUGAGGAUAAUUUCCUUCAAUUUAAAGAGUUAUUUAGAGAUGAAGACUUGGUUUGUACGUCUGUGAGGUUUUCUUUGACAGCUCAGCGUACUGGAUGAAGAAGUCUCUCAAAUGAACCUGUGGCUGUGUCCGCAUCCACUUGGGAAAUUGUAAAUGUUGGCGUUUGUCCUGUGUGUUGGUUAUUUAUGAUCAGUUAGCUGAUGGCUAAGUGUUUGUGCCUGUAUCGACAGUUAAUGCAUAACAUCAGAAGGAAAUCAGAUUUUUCCUUUUCUUUGCAUUGUUUUGGAUUGCAUCACAAGCUUGAAGAAAAAGUAUAAAAAACUAUUUUUGAUGGACAAACUUUUCACUUUCUCUGUGUAGGGGUUACUAACGUUGCUAAAACCCUUUCCACCUAAACAGGCAGUGAUUGUCCUUCUGAAUUAAGAGGUUUAGUUUCAAAUAAAAAUAUCUGGGCCAGCUGUCACCAUGAUGUUACUUAUGAUCCUCUGAGGCUUAAACGAGUUAAAGUAAUGUUGUAUGUGUGGAUAAGGAUCAGUGCGUGCAUCCAUCCUACUACAUUUUUAAUUAACAGCGGCUCAAUUUUAACAUUUUGAGCAAAGUUCAAAAGAUUGUUACUGAAGCGGGAGGCUUUAUUGUUAGGAUUUAAGUAAGAGGUGAAGGUUUGUUUGAUUUACACCGAGCUCAGGAGAUGUGGGAAUUAAUAAUGAGAUCCAGGUCUCCCUAGUGGGAAGUACAAUUAUCCUACACAUAGCAUUAAGUCAAACAAUUUAAAACUGUGUCUUGACCGCAAACAGCACAAAGAGCAAAAGACAAGGAAAGCUAUUAAGACAAAUAGACUCCAGCGAGCCAGAGGGGAAUCUCAUUGAAAGUUUGCCCUGAGAUAUGACUUUAAGUGUUGCUAUGACAACUGUAGCUCCAGCUGAAGAGAGAUGAAAAAAAUGUGUGGAUUAAUUCAUGGGCAGAGCUGAGACCUUGCAACGAAACAAUGUGGUUACAGCGGCAAAUGAAGCAAAGAGACUCCUAUUUUUCUUGCUUUUAAAAUCCCUCUGUGCAGGAGUGGCAGCUUGUCACAGAUGAAAGAAUGGAACCUCAUUAUUUACAUCAUUAUUCAAUCAGUACGUUGGCUUUGAAAGAGUUCGGGGCAGAAUAGCAGUGGUUUGAUUGUUUGGGUGAGGGUCUCAAGGUGUUUCUGGUCGUGCAGGAUUUUAGCAGUAGCUGUCAGAUAAUCAUCACAUUCCACUGCUGUUAUUAUGAAGUAAAACUCAGCAGAACUCGGCAAAAAGUAGGACUGGGCUGAAUUAGUCCUGACACUGAUCUACAGCCUUUCUAGUCUAGUGGUUAGUGUAGUCCUCAGUUCAUAAAAAACAAAACAUCUUAAAUGUCUCUUUGGACUCCGCCCGACCCUAAAAGCUAAGGGAUCAGGAUUGUGAUUACGAGGAUUGGAGUUCAAAUCCAAACCUAUGCAGGACUGUGGCCUGUUGCACAAGAACUAGAAUCAUCAGAGGUUGAAUCUCAGUCAUGGGUGAGGACAGGGGGCGCUGUAAUGUCAGCUCAGAGCUACAAAUGCAGAAAAAACAAUCACAGACACACACACGCCUCAGGCCUGACCCAGGUCUGUUCACUUUCCCUAGAGUGUGGAAAAAUCUUUCUGUGGCUCCCCUGGGGGUUGGCCCCCACUUUAAGAAUCACUGCUGUAAGUCCAGUGCACCCACCACAUAGACCUGAGGCUAUUAUUCAUAAUUUAGAGUCAUUAUUGUGUUUAUAAGAUUUUUUUAAUUACACAAACACGAUUACAACAGGAUCCUAUGGGCCUAAAGCCCACCAUGACAGCUGCAGUGAAUAUUAUUUUAAGUUGGUGAGUUCAUCAGUGUGACCCUGUGUCACUGUUUUGAAAUUAGGCAGAGAAGAGAGAGUGUUUUUAAAGUGCACGCUCUCAUGGCAUGUUAUGUAACAGAGAGAGAGAAAAAAACUCCAGUAGACGCCGAAGGCCGUACUGUACAUGAGCAUAUGAAGACAACACACACGACCUUCCACAGUGGGGCACCUCACCUGUCCCACACACGUUUCACAUCCACGCGCAAAUCCACAGACAGACACGGACACUUUCACGGCAACACAAUAACACGUGUCCUUUGUGGUCGAAUGCCCGUGCAAUCUUCACCAGCGCCCGUGCAUGACCAGGGUUUAUUGUCAUACACACAUCACACACCUGCCACACAAACUACAUUUGCACAGUUGCUGUGUGCGUGACGUACGGACUGUUUAUAGCUCUGUCCUAUCAAUAGCUGCUGACCAGUCCCUGAGACCAUCACGUCUGUGUCAUGAAGUUUCAUAAGCACUGUUAAAGGUAAACACACACAUGUCAUGUGUAUAUGCUUUCAUUAGAGCUGUCAACAAUCAAAACUAUAAAUGUGAUUCAUCUCAAUUAUGGCUUGCUAUGGAUUCAUCACAAUUAAUUGUGAUUAAUCAUGAGGGUAAUUCAUUUCGAUUAAUCAAGAUAAAUCAGAAUUCCUGAAUAUAACAAAAAAAGUUGUUUGGCAAAGAGCAGGCAGGCAGAUGUAUGUGUUUGACACCUGUGUUUUUGGAGAAAAGCUGCAGCUGUAUUCCAGAGGAUCUCGGGCUUCAAUAAAAAAACAGUAUCUUACCAUCGAACCCUGAUCCACCCAAAACCUUCACUGCUCCCACCCCACUCACUCAUUUCAUAAUCAGAGUUGCCGAGCUAAGCAAAGUGAAAGCACAGGAAAAACUAUGGGGGCUGGUGCCCGGCCCACGGGCCCAUUCAGGGCGGCCGAAGGGCCGGUCUGGACCCCGAAUGCUCAGAUUACAUCGCACAUAAUGAGAGGCCUGGCUCAGCAGGCUCUGCCUCCCUUUCUCUCCCUUCUCUCUCCCUCUCUUUCUCUCUUUUCACACACACACACACAGAUCCAUGUGACAUUAUUGCUGAAGUCCUGUUCUGUUCUCUCUGGUUACUACACUGAUUAUUGCCAGCACAGCUGCUUUACAUGUCAGUGUUUGGCCCAGUGAGAAAGACAGGAAGCUGGCGUGGGACAGAGUGGUGCUGGGAGCUAAGGUCAUCCACACACCACGGUGGCUAGAUUGAAAACCAAGCCUUUUUUGCUAAGAUACAUGAGAGAAUCUCUAACUCUGUAACUAUGGCAGUUUGAAACAGUCAACUCAGAAGAGAAGUACUGACUGGCUGUUACUUUUAGGAAAAUAAGGAACAACAAAAAGCAUUCUGCAGAAAAUGAAGAAUCUGCCAAGAGACAGUUGUAUUUAUAAUAAUGGUCUGGCACCAGAAAAGGAUUCGUUACUUUUGAGUACCAGACGAUCAAUUUUUAACUAUAUACAGUAGUAACAAUGCAGAGUUCUGUAAAUGUCAAUAUCUGAGUUUAAUAACCUGAAUCAUUAGAGGAAUUGAUUAAAAUCUAUCUCUGAAUUCGCCGAAAACCAAGUCAUGACCUCAUUUUUAACAUCAUGGGAACACUGACAUUAAUAUGAACAGACACUGUAGUGAUGGUCCCAGCAACUGGACUCUUAUUGGACAGUACAGCUGUCAGUCAAACACACUUGCUGCUCAUGUGCACUCCACUCCAUUAACCUGAUAACAAUUGGCUGAACCAUACUUUUAAGUACUCUCAACCCUUAUUACAUCUUAAUAUAUCAAUUACUUAACUAAAACUAAAAUAAAUUACUUAGAUUAAUGUUUGAUUUUGUACAAAAAUACAACCUUGCUAUUAUAAAUUUUGUCUUCCUACCCAGUCAAAAUGAUUAAGUUCCACUGUCUCGCAGCAUGUACUGUAUGUUGAACCACCCUAUAACUUACACCAGUGUGUGUGUUUGUAGAUCAGGGUGACGUCCUUGUCCCUUAGAGCUAAUGAGGCCUUGUGGACAGAAUCCAGUGGCACAGUCUGUCCUUAAUGCUAUGGCAUUAACCAAAAACAGGAGGCGAACCAUUAAUUCCCCCUGAGAACAUGUUCAUCAUUGGACAACACGUUAUGCAUCUCACUGCAACAUAACAGCUACUUAAAGGAGAACUUUGAAAAACAAGACAACAAAUUGUCUUUCACACACACACACACACACACACACACACACAUACUAUAUAUAUGUGUGUGUGAAGAUGAAAGGAAAUUAUGGCAAAUAACAUUUAUAUGUUGACCUUGUUUCAAUGGCAGAAGUGGGCCUCUCUCACAUAUGUACCAUAGAUUAAUGACUGCAAGGAUGAAUGGGUGCUGUGUUCAUAUGUAAUGAUAUGAACUGCAUACACACACACACACGCAUAUAUAUAUAUAUAUGUACAGUAUGUACUGGGUGUCAGUGUCUUACCCCAGGGGAACUCUCUGUCAUCCUUUAUAUGCUUCUGUGUUUACUCUACAGUACAAAUAAUAAUAAUAAAAAUGAUUCAUUACGGUGAUCUCUGAAACACAAAUUAUUAAUAUGGAGCUUCUUCCUCUUCAGAAGAAAAGAAAACUGUCACUACGUGGUAACGGCAUGUGUUAGAAAUGGGGCGUAUUCAUUGAAAAUCUGUCUAAUAAACCCAUGUGGCUGUGCAGCAGAGACUAGGAAAAGUCCAGAAUGAGGUCAAACUGAAAACUGAACCAAGGACGAGACAACCUACUGACUGACAACUGAAAGAAAGAAGCUUCAGAAUUUCAAAGGAGGUCACAAAAAUACAUCAAAUUUGUUAGAAAUCAACUUUGAUGUUGGUUGCUGGAUGGUGGAGUUAUUAGAUAUGCAGUAUUCGUUAUCCUGCUAAUGCGCUAAAUGUCUUUAAAAAAUGCAAUCAGAUCAUUGUCACCACUGACAAUAAUACAGUAAAUGACUAAAGAACAGCUACUGUCUGUCAUGAACAGCCUCUGUCAGGAGCUCGUCUACUCAGUUUGGAGACCGUACUGUUGACUCAUGACCAUAUUCUUAGCAUGUCCUCUCUCUGUAGUUUGGCUGCUACAUCAUCUAUUUUAGCCCUGCUCGGUGGACAGACAUACUGUUAGUGGAGAAGAGGUGAGAGUUAAGGCAGAAGAAAUAGAAGGAGUGGGAGGACUGACCAGUGGAGUCAAACCACACUGGGCUUUAGUUUCCAAACAGCUUCACACUUAAUGAGUCGCUGCAGCAGUCGACGGCAUUUCCAUUCUUAGUGCACGGGAGAAAAUAGUGUGGAGUUUAUCUUUGGAUGUUAUGGGCAAGAGAUGGAUUAAAAAUACUUUGUGUAAUUUUCUCACUUGUGAGGCAACAGCUACCAACCGCUAUUCCACCAUGUGACCCACACUUGUAGUCAUGAUUUUGAAAACUGAUCAGCGCAGAAACAGAAGCGACAGGUGUGUAGAUUUGAAAGAAAAAAAAGACAUUUGUAGAAUUUCUGCAACAUUUUAAGUGACUGCAUUAUAAAAAAAACAGAGCAGUAAAUUAGUUCACAGUCAGGACCAGAAAUAUCACAUUCACCUGCUUUAACCUCCCAGAGCUGGAUUAGCAUAAACUGGAUGAAAGCUGUUAAACAUACAUGAAAGCACAUAUAUCACGGAUUACUCACUGAACAGUUCCUAAUCAUUGAUGGUCCGUCAUUAAAAAGUGACAAAACGAGUCAGCCUAAACAUUAACACAGUAAAGAGGUGAACACUCGUCGUUGGUAAAAUCUCAAGUCGGACAGUCUAACCACCAGAGUCCACUAAUCUGUUGCCUUCGGUCUUUGGCAACAGCUUCAUCUGUAAUCAGGAGUGAUGAGGGACAAGUCCAUGUCCAACUCCAUACCAGCCUAAAUCAAAGUCUACUGUGAGUGAACUAACGCCUGAAGAAGUGGGAAUUCAUCUGAGAAAAACACAACUCCAAUUUCUGUCUGGGAGAUUCAGCCUUGAACUAUAUGACAUCCACAGGAACACACACACACACACACUUAAAAACAACU